AUGCAGCUCAAGAACUCGCUGUUCCUGCUCACCGCGUUGACGGCCGGUUCCGCCGUCGCCCGUAUGCACGGCCACGAGCGCCGUCAUGCUCACCACCACCUGCAGCACGAGGAGAAGCGCGCGGUCGGUGAUAUAGUCUAUGCCAACUUUAACGGCGUCUGGAAGUCCUGGGUCAAUGAGUGGUCCGGCGUCAGCGCUACCUCCGCCUCCGGCUCCACUCCCACUACAGUUUCCUCCUCGACUUCUUCUGUUGCCACUGCCUCCGCUGUCCCUACCGCCAGCAGUGGCCCUACCGUGACCACACCUGGAUCCUGCAAGGAGUGGCAUGCUCACCAGGACGGUGACGUGUACACUCGCGAGGGCUUCGGAGGACAGACCCCAAACAACGGCAAGCCUUACAUCGACUACAUCGGUAACCUUGGCAGCCCAUACGGCAAAAACAUCAUCGAGGUCGCCGAGAGCAAGGCCUGCGAGUACAAGUAUGUCGUCCGCAUCCAGGGCAGCGAGAAGGAUACCUGGACUAUUGCCUUCUGGAACAAGAUCGGCCCUGAUCUCAAGCUCACUGGCUGGUACGGCAAUGCUGUUCUGACCAUCAAGAUCAACCCCGGUGAGACCAAGUACGUUGCUUUCGACGAGGACACCCAGGCUGCUUGGGGUGCUGCCAAGGGUGACUCGCUUCCUCUGGACCAGUACGGUGGCUACGGCUGCACCUGGGGUGAAAUCGACGUCGGCAACCUCAGCAAUGAUGCCUGGUCCGGCUGGGAUGUGUCUGCCAUCCAGGCCCAGAAUGCCGGUCUCGAUGUCCAGGGCAUGAAAAUCUGCACCCACGACAACCAAAAGUGCUCUUCCAUCUCCAACUUAGCCAAGGCGGUUGACAACGCCUACACUGCCCUAGACGCCGGUAAAGACGGCAUCGGUGGUGAAUGGCCCGCUGGCCCUCUCCGUCUGGUUGUCGACAUUGACUACGACUAA